AUGCCAACAAUUUACCGUUCCCCAUAUCCAGAUCUGGAUAUCAAAUCAGUGGAUUUGGUCUCUUACUUGUUCUCUAAUCCUUUCAACGCACCCCUGGACCGUCCCAUAUAUAUCAAUGCUGACUCAGGAGAGCAAUAUACUCUCGGAGAUGUGAUCCAGCGUACACGCUCUCUGUCCAACGGGCUCCGGCAAAGUAUAGGGGUUAAGCCCAGCGAUGUCGUGGCAUUGUUAAGUCCCAACACAAUCGAUUACCCUGUGGUAUGCCAUGCAAUUAUCGGCUCUAGAGCAAUUGUUGCUCCGACCAGUGCAGCUUUGACGGCAUUUGAGCUUAACGCUCAGCUCAAGACCAGCGGGGCCAGAUUCAUCAUCGUCCAUUCAUCUUUGCUGGGGACUGCUCAAAAGGCAGCCAAGGGAACAUCUGUCGAGAACAUUGUCUUGAUAGAUGGCCAAGCACCAAUCAAUGGUCAACCUACAUGCAAUCAUCUCGCCAGCACAUUUGCCCCCGGUGAUUUCCUCACUAUCGAUCCGGCCGAGGCAGAUCGCCAACCCACAUUCAUCUGCUUUUCGUCUGGAACAUCAGGUGCAGCCAAGGGUGUCAUUACAACGCACCAGAACAUCACCUCAAACCUCCAGCAAUGGCGCCACCAAAUGAUAGAAUCUGGUCUUCCCUCCCAGCGACCAACAAGACAAUCCGCCAUUGCAUUCCUGCCAUUCAGCCAUAUCUACGGCCUCAACCUGUUCAUCUGCCAGAGUUUGAUGUGGGGCACAACUGUAGUCAUCAUGCCAAAGUUCGACCUCGAUCUAUACCUCAGUUGCAUCCAGAAAUACCGACCAGACGAGUUGGCAGUGGUACCGCCCAUUGCCCUGAUGUUGGUUAAAGACCCACGGGUCUCCAAGUACGAUUUAAGUAGCGUGCGCAGGAUCAUGUCUGCCGCCGCACCGCUCACAAUCGAAUUAUCGUCCGCCCUCGAAGCCAAGUUCAAGGAGAUUUCAAACACAGAGGUAUUCUGUACCCAGUCAUGGGGUCUGACAGAGACCUCACCAAUGGCGACAGCCGUCCCAAAUGACCGCAUGGAUAAGCGGAGCACGGGGGUGGGCUGUAUUGUGCCGAACAUGCAGCUCCGCUUUGUGGAUCCCGAGUCGAUGAAAGAUGCAGCCGUCACAUCUGACGGGUCCACAGAGCCUGCGGAGAUUUGGUGUCGUGGUCCGAACGUGGUGAUGGGGUAUUAUAACAACGACGAAGCGACGAAAGACGCAUUCCAUGUGGACGAGGAUGGAUCGAGGUGGUUCCGCACGGGUGAUAUCGGCACUAUCGAUGGAGAUGGGUACGUCACUAUCCAUGAUCGCAUCAAGGAGAUGAUCAAGUACAAGGGACUGCAGGUCAUCCCUAGUGAGUUGGAGGGAAAGCUGGUCGAUCACCCCGACGUGGAGGAUGCGGCUGUGACUGGAGUGUGGGUCGAUGACAGGGCCACUGAGCUGCCGGUUGGUUUUGUGGUUUUGAGUCGUCAGGCUAAGGACAGGGAUCAGAAGGCUGUCCUUGAUGGGAUCCACGCGUGGCUGAAUGAGCGCAUUGCCAACCAUAAGCGUCUGCGUGGGGGUAUCCAUGUCUUGUCGCAAAUUCCCAAGUCGCCUAGUGGGAAAAUUUUGCGUAGACAGUUGAGGGAUUUGCUAAAGAGUCAAGCGCCUAAAGCUCGUCUGUGA